UUUAAUGGUCAAAAAGAUGUGUAAAGCUUUAGGUAUGUUAAAUGUACUUGCUUCUCGUGCUUUUACAACUUCGAAUAUUAGGGCUUUGAGAUUUGGCUCACAAAGAACUCAACAAUCAGAUAUUUUUCAAGUUGGAGCUUUUUUGCCUGAAAAUAGUAAAAGUCAAAUUUAUCAAAAAGGGCAGUUAUUUGUUCAUAAAAUUUUUGCUUAUAGGUUUGUUGAUUUUUUUAAAUUUAGUCUUGCUUAG